CUCCUCGACAACCUCUUCCAAUUUGUAAAACCUUGCAAUUUUUAUUUGACUCAAUUUUGUAUAACUUCAUAAAAGUAUUUUUAAAGUUAUAUCUUUUAAAGUUGUAUAACUCCAUAAAAUAUACUUUUAAAGCGAAAUGAGUUCGAUUUCCGUCCUCUAAUUUCCUGUAAAAAAAAUCAUCAAAACAAAUAUUCCACUCCUCCAAAACGAUGUGGAUCCUAUACAUGAUAAAUUCACAUAUUAACCCUGUAUAUUCAUAUAUUGGCAACUUCCAACCUUGUUUUAAUUUCUUAAUUGCAUUCUAACGGAGUUGCCUUUGCAGAAACCAAUGAAAUCGUGUGUGCUCCCACCGUUAUCAUCGUAUGAGCCUGUCGAUUUUUGCAACUCCAUGUGAGUUCUCAUGUAAUUUGCUCCGGUAAUCUUCGAAAUGCUUUGUAUCAUUGCAUUAUCAGUUCACAUUGUCUGUGAUUAGGCUCUAUUUCGACCUCAAGCUGUUUCCUCAUUCGUAAACCCUAAUUAUCCUGUCCAUUUUCUUUGUUGGCUUGCGGAUUGAAAUCAUAACGUUUUCUGAUUUGUUUUAAUUUGACUUCAAUUUUCGAAACCCCUCAUCGAUCGACACUUGAAUCGAUACUCGAUAUCUUGUUUCGACAGUCGAUGGCUUGUGGAAUUCACAUUUUAGCGCUGAAGUACCAUUCCUUCUCGGCAAUUGUGAAUGAAACCAAUGAACGUGCCAUCGCCAAGGAAAAUCCUGAUUCAGUGCUUCACUGGAGAGACAAACAUAGCUUUGUUUCACCAUUCCGUAACCAAAGUUUCCUAAAAAGACAACGUAAUUUGGAGAUGACUUUUGCUCUAAACACUGGUGGUUUACCUAACAAUGGUGAGCAAGAAAGCAUCAAUGGUGAAAGCCCAACGGGCCUAGGGCAAACAAGAUUGGGCCGAUUAGUGAGUGCAAGUGGGAGACAACUUUUGGAUAAACUAAACUCAGCUAGAAAGAAUUUCCCAAUGAAGGUAUUUCUUUUACUCCUUGGUUUCUACACUGCAAAUGCAUUAGCUACAAUCCUAGGGCAAACUGGGGAUUGGGAUGUUUUAGUUGCGGGUGUUGUGGUGGCUGCAAUUGAGGGAAUUGGUAUGUUGAUGUAUAAAAAGUCAAAUAGUAAGAGGUUUGAGUCUUUGAUUGUCAUGGUGAACUAUUGGAAAGCUGGUGUUUGUUUAGGUCUCUUUGUAGAUGCCUUUAAAUUAGGUAGUUGAUUAUUUUUUACUAUAUUGUUUGCUUUAGAGAGUUAGAGUAAUUAUAUUCUACCUCUAAAUUCCUUUUUGACUAUUGAGAGAUAUUGAUAAUAAGAUGAGAAAGGUAAAUUUCAGUGUAUUAGAGCUAAACUAUGUUUGUAGAAUGUUUAUGAAAUGAAUGGAAUAUGUGAGCAUUUAGAAUAUGAA